AUGGCCAGAGAAAAAGGACGACAAGUCACCUGCAAAGGACUGAUAGUUAAAAAGGCAGCAGACCUCAACCACAACAACCGAAGUCAGAAGAAAGUGAAUAUAAGCUUGCAAAUGACGAUAGAAAAUAACUGUGAACCUGGAAUUAUGAACCCUGUGAAACUCUCUUUCAAGAUUGCAGAUGGAACGAGUGCGCUAGCCGGCCCCAAGCUCCGUCCAGGCUUAGGCGGGGACCGAGGGGCACGGGCGGCGCCGGGCUCCCCGCGGGCGCGCCUGGAACCCGCGGGUGGAGGGCGUUCCCCGGCCCAGGGACAGGAGGGUGGUUCUGGCACCGCCCUGCGGGAGACUGUGUGGCGCCGGCCAGCGCUCUCCGCCCGGCCCUCCAGGGACAGAGCCACCGGCUCCGGCUCCAGCUCCGACGUCCCGCUCGCACACGUCGCUCCGCAGCCCCCGGGGGCCUGGCGCCCCAGUGAACGCAGUGACCUCCCUCCAGCUCCGGCUGCCUGCGGGGCAACCCUGGCUCAGUCACCCGUCGCCCACCAGCGGAAUGCGGAAAGGGGCAUCAGGACCCCCGCUAGGCUGUUUCCAGGAUGCCGUGCGCUGCCAGAGGCGGCUGUCCGAGCGAGCAGCGCCCCGGGUGAGACGGAGCCUGCCCCGGCGCCGCGUCCGCGCAGGCCCGCAGGACGCCCUGCAGCGGCGCCCAUGUCCUCACUGACCUUCACGCGGCGUGGCUCGCCAAGUCGGGGGCUGCUGGAGGAAUUAGUCCGAACGCGGGCAGGGCAGAGUGGUCAUCGCCAGGCAUGCCACGGCCCGAGGGACACCUGGCCCAUGUCCCCGCUCUGUGGCCACAGCUCGCCACGGGACCUCGGGGGACAGGCCGGGGCGGGGACGGGGACGCAUACGAUGACCACGCCCGCCCGCGCGCGCUCCCAAGCCUCUCCGACCCGCAGCGCCUCCGCCCUGCCUGCGGCACAGCGAGGACGAGCCACCCCCCGCCCCACGCCCGCCCUCUGGUCCCGCCGCCCCGGCCCACCCCGGGCGCUGGCUCUCGCUCCGCCGGACGCCGCCCGCGCCGCAGGUGCUGCCCAGAGGCAGCGCGCCGUUGCAGGUCUGUGGCUCCAGAGUGGUAUCUACAGCAGCUGGGAAGUAUUCCAGGCUCUUGGCCCAGUGUUUUGGCAACAAUUUGAUCUGAAGAUGGCAACCAGGGUGCUUUGGGGCAGCCUAUGCCUGCUCCGAGUGCUGUGGUGUCUCCUUCCGCAGACAGGCUACGUGCAUCCUGAUGAGUUCUUCCAGUCACCCGAGGUCAUGGCAGAGGACAUCCUGGGAGUGCAGGCCACACGGCCCUGGGAGUUUCACCCCAGCAGCUCCUGCCGCACGGUGGUCUUCCCUCUACUGACCUCAGGCUCUACCUUCUGGCUGCUCAGGCUCUGGGAAGAGUUGGGGCCAUGGCCUGGCCUGGUGACUGGCUACGUACUACUGGUGGGGCCCCGACUCCUCCUCACUGCCCUCUCCUUUGCCCUGGAUGGGGCCAUGUAUCACUUGGCCCCACUGUGGGGGGCAGAUCGUUGGAAUGCCCUGGUCCUGCUGUCUGGUUCCUACGUCACCCUGGUCUUCUACACAAGGACCUUCUCCAACGCUGUCGAGGGACUGCUCUUCACAUGGCUGCUGGUGCUGGUAUCCCCCCAUGUAGCACGGAGCCCCACACCCAGGAAGCCUGCUCCAGGUCCAUGGUGGCACAGCUGGCUUCUCGGGGGCAUUGUGGCUGCUGGCUUUUUCAACCGCCCCACCUUUCUGGCCUUUGCUCUGGUCCCCCUCUUCCUCUGGGGCAUUCGUGGAGCCACAAACCCUGGCUUCAAGUCCCUGACCUGGGAAGCCCUGGUGCUGCUCCCAGGAGCGGCCCUCACAGCACUAGUGUUUGUGGCCAUGGACAGCUGGUACUUCUCUAGCCCCUCUAGACCCAGUACCCUUGUCCUUACACCUGUGAAUUUCUUGCACUACAACCUGGAUCCCCAAAACUUGGCACAGCACGGCACACACAUGCGGCUCACUCACCUGGCAGUCAAUGGCUUCCUGCUCUUCGGGGUGCUGCAUGUCCAGGCUCUGCAUGCUGCGUGGCAACAGCUCCAAGUCUGCCGCCAGGCCUUUGCAAGAAUGGGCCUCCUGAGGGCACUGGGUGCCCAGAGCCUGUUGUCCAGCUCCAGAUCUUCUCUUCUUCUCCUCUACUUCAUGCCCCUGGCCCUACUGUCUGCCUUUAGCCACCAGGAGGCUCGGUUCCUGAUCCCCCUCCUGGUUCCGCUUGUCCUGCUGUGUAGUUCACAGACCCAACCUGUGCCCUGGAAGGGCACCCUGGUUCUUUUCAAUGCCCUAGGUGCCCUCUUCUUUGGCUGCCUGCAUCAGGGGGGCCUGGUGCCUGGCUUAGAGUACCUGGAGCAGGUGGUUCAUGCACCUGUGCUCCCAAGCAUGCCUAUCCACUACACACUUCUCUUCACCCACACCUACAUGCCCCCCCAGCACCUUCUACGCCUCCCAGGCCUGGGGUCACCUGUGGAGGUGGUGGACAUGGGUGGGACUGAGGACUUGGACCUGUGCCAAGCCCUGAACAACUUCAUUAACCGACCAACCUGUCAAGGGGCUGGUGGGCCGUGGCUCUGCCGCCUCUUUGUGGUGACCCCUGGCACCACCAGGCAUGCCGUGGAGAAGUGCAGCUUUCCCCUCAAGAAUGAGACACUCAUGUUUCCCCACUUGACCCUGGAGGAUCCACCAGCCCUGUCCUCCCUGCUGAGUGAGGCUUGGAGGGACCAUCUCAGUCUUCACAUCAUGGAGCUGGGGGAAUAAGCCUGACAAUAUGACAGAACAGCCCCUGCCCAAGAUUCAGCUAUAGAAGGUGCCACUCCACCUUCUACAUGGGUAGCUGGGCUGGGAUGCUGGGACAGAGCCUUGGUUCUCCUUUGGGAUUCCCACUGCUGCCUGUCCUGGGCACAGCUGUUGAGUGUUCUACCUUCUGAGUGAGCUGGCACUCUUUUCCCUCAGACCAAAGUUCUGACCAGUCACGAUCCUGAUGCCAAAGUCCCUAAGGAACCUUGGUGUAACCAAUGGUACCUAAUGUCUGUUCCUGCCCCAUUCCUUCCAGCCACUGUGAUAUUUUAAAUACUGUAUAAAAUAGCUCCUGGUUGUGAAAAAUGACAUCCCUGAAUGACCUCUCCCAAACUUUCUAUGAUGCCUUACUUCCUGCUGUCAUGACAACCCUUUGGCUUCCUAAGGCCGAUCUGAGCUUCCAGAUACCUGGAAGGCAGUGUGGUGAAGUAGAAAGAACAGGUGGCUCAGAUUCAGGGGACCCAAAUUCUAGUCCCUAGUCUGCUACUCACUGUGUCAUCUUGAGAAAGCCCCUCCCACUCAUCCGGCCUGUUUCCCAAUCUUUCUGUUUGUCUUCCAGUAUGUACAAUGGAUUAGAGGAUCUGAGAGGGGUCUGACAGCUAGCACUGUCAUUCCCGGAGCACAUAGCACAUGAACCCUGGCUAAGCAGGCAUGUCUCUCACCAAGCUCUUUAAGCAUGGAAGUGGGAGUGGUGUUAUAUUUAGUGGAAAUUUGGUGCCUGCUGUCUCGGUGUUUGAUUAUUUAUUGUUAUUAUUAAAACAAGUCAUUCUGUGCUGUUAUCAAAAAGACAAAAAAUAAAUGUUGGCAAAGAUGGGGAGAAAAGAGAAUUCAUAUACUGUUGGUGGGAAUAUAAAUUAAUACAGCCAUUAUGGAAAAGUCUGGAGUUUCCUCAGAAAAACUAAAAACAGAACUACCAUAGGAUUCAGUAAUCCCACUGCUGGCUAUCUACCCAAAGAAAAGAAAAUUAGUAUAGUGAAGGGAUAUCUGUAUCCCCCAUGUUUAUUGCAGCCCUAUUCACAAUUGCCACAAUAUGGAAAGAGGUUGGCCGGUUAGCUCACUUGGUUAGAUUAUGGUGCUGACAACACCAAGGCUAACAGUUCAGAUGCCUGUAUGGCCAGCUGCCAAAAAAAAAAAAGGAUGGAAUCAACCUAGGUGUCCACUGACAGAUGAAUGGACAAAGAAAAUGUGGUACAUAUAUGCAAUGGAAUACCAUUCAGCCAUGAAAAAGAAUAAAAUCUUGUCAUUUGCUGGCAAUAUGAAUGAUCCUGGAAGAAAUUAUGUUAAGUGAAAUAGAUCAGGCACAGAAAGAUAAAUACUGCAGGUUCUCACUCAUAUGUGGGAGUUAAAGAACAAAAAAAAUUGAACUUCUAGAAGUAGAAAGUAGAAUUGUGGUUACCAGAGCCCAGGAAUGGGAGAGGUGAAGGGGGAAUAAGGAGAGAUUGGUUAGUGGACACAAAAUUAUAGGUAGAUAGGAAAAAUAAGUUCUAGUGGUAAACAGUAGUGCUAGGCAUCUAUAAUUAACAAUAAUUUAUUGUAUGUUCUCAAAUGGCUAAGAGAGUUCAAAUGUUCUUACAAAGAAAUGAUAGUAUUGGGAUGGUGAAUAUGCUAACUACCCUGAUUUGAUCAUCACACAUUGUGUACAUGUAUUAAAAUAUAAUUCUAUACCCCAUAAAUAUGUACAAUCAAUACAUGUCAAUUAAAACUAAAUUCCUUUAAAAAAAUAGUCAUCCUAGUAAAUUUCUUCCCACUCUCUUCUACGGCUGUCCCUGAGAGGUGGUGGGAAACUCUCCAGCUACUUCUGCACCUUGCCCUAAGAAUCAUUCUCCCAGAUAUUGGCUAGCUGGUUAGCUCAGUUCGUUAGAAUGCCACCUUGUAACACCAAUGUCAAGGGUUCAGAUCCCCUACCUGCCAGCCAUCAACGAAAAAAUGAAAGCCCAGAUGUUCUCCUCAGCAAUGCCAUGUGUCAUAGGCCCUCUCAGCCUGCCCCAAUGGGAAUGGAGAACACACAAAGCUCAGCCAGUAUCUGGUUACCAGCCUAAAAGCUUUUCCUGUGGUGCCAUGCUUUCCAGAUUAUCUGAUUAACUGUGUAGCCUAAUUAGAAAUGAUCAUGAGGUGGAAUACUGGGGUCUAAAAGUUCUUUUAACUAAGGCCCUUUGCUUGUGUAACCUUGCAGCUGGAAUAUGCUUGUUUGCAAAAGACCCCUAAAAGUUGGUUAAACAGCAGUCUGCCUCUUGGGUUUCUGUGGCUCUGCUGCUUGCUUGACUGAGCCACCUGAACUCGCAGAAACUACUUGCUGAAGAUAUGUUUAGAAACUGAAACAGCACCUACUUAACCACACAUUUCCUGCCUCUGUAAAGCUGCUGGAAGCCCCCCCAGCUUGGGUCACUCUGCCUGGAUACAGACAGGGCCAAUAAAAAGCUUGCAUGCCUGCUCAAGAAAAGUAAAUAACC